AGGGAGCAAGAGAGGGAAAUGGAGAAACGGAUUCAUUUAGAGCUGCGGAACAGGAUGCCCUCUGAUGUGAAAGAGCUUGUCCUGGACAACUGUCGGUCAUAUGAUGGUAAAAUCGAAGGCCUCACAGAUGAAUUUGAAGAACUGGAGUUCUUAAGUACAAUCAACGUAGGCAUCUCUUCAGUUGCAAACUUACCAAAGUUAAACAAACUUAAGAAGCUUGAACUAAGUGACAACAGAAUCUCGGGAGGACUGGAAGUAUUGGCAGAAAAGUGCCCGAACCUCACACAUCUAAAUCUAAGUGGAAACAAAAUAAAAGACCUCAGUACAAUAGACCCGCUGAAAAAGUUAGAAAACCUCAAGAGCUUAGAUCUUUUUAAUUGUGAGGUUACUAACUUGAAUGACUACAGAGAAAAUGUUUUCAAACUCCUCCCCCAACUCACAUACCUUGAUGGCUAUGACCGAGAUGACAAGGAGGCCCCUGACUCGGAUGUUGAGGGGUACGUGGAGGGGCUUGAAGAUGACGAGGAAGAUGAAGACGAGGAAGAGUAUGAUGAAGAUGCCCAGGUAGUGGAGGAUGAAGAAGAUGAUGAUGAGGAAGAAGAAGGAGAAGAGGAGGACGUGAGUGGAGAAGAAGAGGAGGAUGAGGAAGGUUACAAUGAUGGGGAGGUCGAUGAUGAAGAAGAUGAAGAUGAAGUUGGGGAAGAAGAAAAGGGACAGAAGAGAAAACGAGAACCCGAAGAUGGGGGAGAUGAAGAUGACUAAAGGAAUAACCUAUUUUGAAAAAUUCCUAUUGUGAUUUGACUGUUUUUACCCAUAUUUCCUUCUUCCCAACCCCACCUUACUCCCGAAACUUAUUUUUUUCUGAUUGUAAUGUUGCUGUGGGAAUGAGAGGGGAAAAGUGGACUGGGUGGGGGGUGGGAAGGGGUGGAAUAAAGUACUAUUUUUACUGCCGCUCUUAAAUUUUUUUUCCUACUUUUUCUUUGUGUCUGGUUUAGUCCCCGUGAAUGCAAGUAUAAACCAAGUGGUUCUAUCUGUUUCUUAUUUUGGGAGUGGAGAGUAUUGGCUUCCUCACAUUUUAGAAAUAUUGGUGGCUGACAUUUCCCCAGAUGGGUAGGCUCUGGGCUUGGGUUUGUCCCAUCAGAGCCGAGGAUGCAUAUGGAAUACCAGCCAUAUUCUAGGUGCUACUCUGCAUGGCACAGGCAUAAUCACCCACCCACCCACUGCAGCAGGGGGAGGCUGCUAUACUGAGCAGGUGAUGUCUUGUUUCUUGUUCCCAAGUGAUUUGCCACUUUCAGCCUGGGCUGCCCCUGAACCCCUUGGAGGAUCAGAAUCAUGUAUGUGGUUUGUAAAUAGCAACCAAUGGGACGGUUUCAUGGUGGGUUGGGGUGGGUGGGUCUUGGUUUGA